UCGUGGCAAGAUGGCGUCCCUGGAUCGAGUGAAGGUUCUGGUGUUGGGAGACUCAGGUGUUGGGAAAUCGUCACUCGUCCAUCUUCUAUGCCACAGUCAAGUGCUGGGAAAUCCGUCGUGGACUGUGGGCUGCUCGGUGGAUAUCAGAGUGCAUGACUACAAAGAAGGAACCCCAGAAGAGAAGACAUACUACAUAGAAUUGUGGGAUAUUGGAGGCUCCGUGGGCAGUGCCAGCAGCGUGAAAAGCACGAGAGCAGUGUUCUACAACUCUGUAAAUGGUAUUAUUUUAGUGCACGACUUAACAAAUAAGAAGUCAUCUCAGAAUUUAUAUCGCUGGUCAUUGGAAGUUCUCAAUAGAGAUUUGGUUCCAACUGGAGUCCUGGUGACAAAUGGGGAUUAUGACCGAGAACAAUUUGCUGAUAACCAAAUCCCACUGUUGGUAAUAGGGACCAAACUGGACCAGAUUCAUGAAACCAAGCGCCAUGAAGUUUUGACUAGGACUGCUUUCUUGGCUGAGGACUUCAAUGCUGAAGAGAUUAAUUUGGAUUGCACAAACCCACGGUCUUCAGCUGCAGGCUCCUCCAAUGCUGUCAAGCUCAGUAGAUUUUUUGAUAAGGUCAUAGAGAAGAGGUACUUUUUUAAAGAAAGCAAUCAGAUUCCCGGCUUUUCUGAUCGAAAGAGGUUUGGAGCAGGAGCAUUAAAGAACUUUCAUUAUGACUGAGCUGCACUCGCCUUUGGAAGAGUGAGCGAGCGGUGGCAGUUGUCACAGCUUUCCUCCUGCUGUGUCAGGUUAUCAACUUCUCAGGCUCUGAUAAAAACAUCUCAAAAUGCUACCUCACCCUCUCGUGGAAAAUUGAAAGAAAGCAACGAGUGAGGACCCUACUUGGCCCCUGUUGUCUGUGUUGCUCACCUCCCUGUCCCUGUUGAUAUCGUAUGGAAGAGCCUCGUGAAGACGUGAGACACUGUCGAGCCGGUGCGGCAGUGUCAAGGGCGGCACAGAAAACUGACUCUUGGCUGCGGUUUUCCCACGCUCACUGCUGAAGGCUUAAUUAAGUUCUAGAGAAACCUAUCUGUGUUGUUCUAUCUUCUUGAGGGGAAAGGUCAUGUUAACCAGCCCUGAGUUAUCCACCCCAAACCAUCUCUGUCAUUUUUAAAGAAGCCAAGUGGUGUUAUUUCCUUUUCUCCAGCCUCAUUACACACAGGGAUGCCUAAGAAUAGCAACCCUGUCUCCUCCCCUCUCCCCUGGAAAAGGCUUGGUGUCUGGCAGAGACGGACUAAUAGCCGGAGUUAAAUAGAAAUACAAAUUAAUAAUACAUGGAGACUAGACCAAAAGAAGGCCUCUGCGAGGCAUCGACAGCUCCUUCACACUUGAGAGUGCAGCUUUCGAAGGCCCUUUCUGCUCUCUGUUUGGAAAUCGGAUGAGAUCUGAGAGCAGCACAGGGGCAGGCAGAGAGAUUUACUGCCUCUUUGGUCUUUCUGUUUGUUGUUGUCAUGGUUUCGGGUUUGGUUUUGGUUCUUAAAGGAAAUUCAGAUCCUGAAAUACCCUUUAAUAUGAUGAACAAUAAACCAAGAAUAUUAUCCUUGAGUUAACAAUGUGUUUAUGAGAAAGUCAACCAAGUCCCAGAGUAGCACAUUCACAUAAAUUAUGAAGCAGUGUUUGGGCUUUCAGAACACUGCACAGCUUUUCAGCCGUGGUGUGUAUGUGUUCGCAUAAGUGUUCACCAUUAUUUUUUAGCCCAUCUUUUUUGCCGGUUUAAUUCUCUUGGCCCAGUUCUUCCUUAGUUCAUAAAA